GGGUAUCUGCAGGUCACAGUUUCACUUUCAGAUACGCAAUGCUAAUAAUAACUUCGAGUGGGUGGCUACAGUAGAUACAAUACAACAUAACACAACAUAUAACCCUGCGAUUAACGGGUUUUCCUUCAACUGGAAAGCUGGCUUUGAAUUUUAAAAGCAGGUCCGAUCUUGAAGGGACAGUUUGAAUCAGGAAACAAGAGGAAUAAUACAAGACUAGCUACAACAGAAAAGUGUAGCAUAAUUACAGCAUCGUGCAUGAGAGCCCGGGAUGUGUCUGGUGAGCUCCUGCACUGGAACAGCUAGUCGGCGGGCAGGCUGGUGAGAUGGAGAGAGCCCUGAGUGGGAGUGUGGACUCCAGGGCUUCCCUGCACACUGUCAGCUCCAUUAAUGCAGCACAGCUCUCAGCCAGACUUGAGUCCUACGAAUCCAGGGAAAAGAAAUCCAUAUCUGAUGUCAGACGGACUUUUUGCCUAUUUGUUACCUUUGAUCUUCUAUUCAUUACCUUGCUGUGGAUCAUUGAACUGAACGUAGACGGAGGCAUUGAAAAACAGUUAAGCAAGGAAGUUCUUUAUUAUGAUUACCAUUCCUCCUUCUUUGACAUAUUUGUACUAGCAGUUUUUCGAUUUACUCUAUUGAUACUUGCUUAUGCAGUGUGCAAGCUGAGACAUUGGUGGGCUAUAGCGAUAACAACAGCAGUUACCAGUGCCUUUUUAAUAGUUAAAGUCAUCAUCUCAAAGCUGCUUACCCAAGGUGCUUUUGGCUACCUGCUGCCUAUUAUGUCCUUCAUACUAGCAUGGAUAGAGACCUGGUUUUUGGACUUCAAAGUAUUGCCACAAGAGAUGGAGGAUGAAAACAGGUUCCAGUCAGUUCCGGAUGCCUCAGAGAGGGCGGUGCUUAUUCAACCAGGCCCUCUGUCUGAUGGACAGUUCUACUCGCCUCCAGAGUCCGUAGCAGAUUCAGAUGAAGAAACGGAAGAAAAGCAGGAUCACGAGAAACUGGUUCUUUAGCUGUGUUUCCUCAAAGAACAAUGUGUGGUGCAUCAAGACAUGAGACCAUUACAACCUUAAUCUGCUCUGUGAUCCAGUCACCAGUGGCACUGAAACGUUUCUUUACUGAACAAACUGGAACUGGUGUGGAUGUUGACUCAAGAGUGGAAGCUACAAGAGCCUUCUUUUGCCUUAGAACUGCUAAGAGCACUGCUAGUCCUGUCCGUUUUCACUGUACUAACUCUCAAUGCAAUCAGCUGGUUCAGAUGUCAUGAUCUGAAUGUUCGGCAGAUCUACAGCUAACUUAAACCAUUAAUUGUUAAUAGUUAUUUGUUGAGAAAACUUGUACCUUUUAUAGUAAAUCACUGUUCUCGGUACAUUUUGUAAUGAAAAAGUGGUUUCCUCUUCAUUCAUUUUUGUCAAGGUUACAGUACAUUCUUGAGCACUGUGAUGAAUUAUUUUUUUUAUCCGAGAGUAUAUAUUUUACUUUUAGGAACGGCUUGUUUUAAUGAACAGCAACAAAACUGAACGCCUAUUAUACAAACACAUGUUCCGGCUUAUAUUUUAACGUUAAUUAAUUAAUGUUAAUUAAUGUGACGGUAACAUACACUGAAGUUCCAAUGCGUAAUUUGAAUUGAAAUGAGUAGCUGAAUAACACAACUUGCUGUUCGUUUAAAUACAGCAAAAACUCUGCUUUUGCAUUAAUUUUAGAAAUUGAGCCUUCUAUAUAGUACUUUUUAUGUGCAAUUGACACUCCUUUCUAAUGAUUCAAAAACAACAUUUCACCAGGACUCUAUUAAAGAAUUGCUGUGAUUAAAAAAAUAAGCUAAUUUAAUUUUCUUUGAAAUCUGGUAUUGGAAAACAUCACAGGGCUUUCUACAUAAUUGUUUAAAAUUGUCAUAAAUUUCAGUUAGAAAUAUUAUCUUGUAAUAAAUGUAAAUUACAAUAAUGUAUCUGAUUACAAUGUAUAUGAAAGGUAUGCAUGUGUAAAUAUAAGUGCAGUAUUUUUUUUUAUAUGAAGUGCAAUGGAAAAUAUACAUAAGGCUUAAAAAAGGAACUCCAAUUAUCGCAUGAAUGUAUGCUCUGUACCAAUCCCAGAUCCACAGCAUAGUGAUCCCAUGUUAAUUAAUAAAAUAUUUUCCUGUCAAUA